AUGCGGCUGGUUUCCGCAUUUGCACUCCUCACGGCAGUUCUCCCUGCUAUCGUCGAAUCCUCCCGAUUAACUCCUCCGGUCCUCCCACUCAUUGUUCGAAACCCUUACCUGAGCACCUGGUUACAGAAUGCUCGAGACACUCCUUGGGAAAGAUGGCCUAUGUUCUGGACUGGUCAAGAAAUUGGCUUCUCUGUCUUAGCCAGUCUUCCUGGAGAGCGAACUUCGUUUCCCCUGCUAGGAAGACCUCAUGAUUCCUUGCCCAGAGAGGAUAACCAUUACUCCGUGGCUUACCCCAUCUACAAAGGCGCCCAAUACGAUGCCUCUACCACAAACCUAUCUUAUUCCCUCCCACUGCCAUCGUCAUAUGCUUCUUCCAAGCAUGUCGAAAUAACGCUAUCAUUCUUGUCUCCAAUCACCCCCACUUCCACGCUGAGGCAAGCAAUUCCCGCCAGCUAUCUCACUGUGUCGGUUUCUGGGAACGUUGAUGUCGAUAUCUAUCUUGAUGUUAAUGGUCAAUGGGUCAGUGGGGACCGGGGCAGUAAGAUUGUGUGGGACAUUGAGCAUACUGCCCUGGAUGAGAGGGUGCAUGGUUUUAAGACGUGGGUGGUCCGACGUGAAGAGGAGCAACUCUUCACCGAGUAUUUCGACCGUGCAGAAUGGGGCAGUCUACAUUUCUCUGCUCCUGCUGACACUCGCCACGAAGCCGGAACAUCUGCAAUCUUGAGGCAGCGAUUUUCACGCACAGGAACACUACAGGACUCGGUUGAUCGUCGAUUCCGCUCCGUUAUGGAUGAAGAGCCGGUUUUCGCCUUUUCCAAGUCCUUCCAAUUCAAUGCCAGCUCCCAUUCGGUACACCAUGAGGAGGUCACUUUCACAAUCGCUCAUGUACAGGAUCCCGUCGUUCAGUACGCUGCUGCUCGAGGCCUGACAAUGAUGAGACCUCUUUGGAGUUCCUACUUCGAUACUAUUACCAAAUUGCUCACCUUUCACUAUCUCGAUUUCCACUCGGCCCAAAAGCUGGCCUCUGAGUACUCGGCCAAACUGGCUGUGGAUGCCUACAAAUCUGGAGCUGAAGACUACGUGGACAUUGUUGCCCUGUCUGCCCGGCAGGUUCUCGGAGCAACGAGCUUUUCUGGGACACCGUCAGAUCCUAUUCUCUUCUUGAAAGAAAUCUCGUCCAACGGCAAUUUCCAGACCAUCGAUGUCAUCUUCCCGAGCUUUCCCUUCUUUCUGUACACCAAUCCCAGAUGGUUAGGCUAUCUACUUGAGCCUUUGAUUGAACACAUGCUGAGCGGACAGUACCCCAAUAAAUAUGCCAUGCAUGACCUGGGAACCCAUUUCCCCAACGCUACAGGCCACCCCGAUGGUCGGGAUGAAUAUAUGCCCGUCGAAGAAUGUGGAAAUAUUCUUAUCAUGGGCUUGGCACUGGCUAAUGCGUUGCGUGACGGUGCAAACAAAUCAGUCUCGGCGAGUUGGCAGCCGAUGAGUAACGUACCUGGUCCCGACCUAUCUGGACACAGUCUCUCCCCUCUUUCGGUUGGCACUUCCGAUGACAUGCUUUACAUUGAUAACGUCUGGGUUGGAAACCCCAAGAGUCUGAAGGACGCCCAGAAAUGGGUUAGUAGAAGCUAUCGCCUGUGGAAACAAUGGACUAGCUAUUUGGUAGAGUUUUCUUUACUGCCUCACAACCAACUCUCGACGGAUGACUUUGCUGGAUGGCUGGCCCUACAGACAAAUCUGGCGUUGAAGGGUAUCAUUGGAAUCAAGGCGAUGGCUGAGUUGGCCGAGCUUACCGAGAACCAUGAGGAUGCCAAAUUCUACAACAAUGUGUCAGAGACAUACAUUGCUAAAUGGGAAGAGUAUGGUAUCUCCCGCGACAAGACCCAUGCCAAAGUUGCAUACGAUUGGUAUGGAUCUUGGACAACUACUUAUAACCUGUACGCCGACAGCCUCCUCUGUUUCCAUCUCGGAUCGAAUCAUCACUCUAAACAGACAGUAAGCAUUGGUGGGCGCUAUGAACACCAGAAGCCGUUGAAACCCAUCAAAGGUGAUAAGGAUGGGUUCGUGCCUAAGCACAUCUACCAGCUUCAGAGUGAUUGGUACUAUGCUGUGCGACAAAAGUACGGAUUGCCAUUGGAUUCACGACAUCUCUAUACCAAGACUGACUGGGAAUUCUUUGCUAUGGCGGUAGCAGCACCCAAGGUUCGUGCAGAGAUUCUACAGUCUGUGGCAAAGUGGCUGAAUGAAACAUCAACGGAUCGGCCAUUCACGGAUCUUCACACCACUGAGGGAACAGGCGGUUUCCCUGGGCCCAACUUCUUUGCUCGACCGGUUGUGGGUGGACACUUUGCCUUCUUGACCUUGGAGCAGGCCUGUGGUGGAAGAGCACAGGAAGGAUUGAAGUUCCUGGACGACAGUGUAACGAAAGAGUUGGACGUGGACCAGAUAUUGGCAGCUGAAGCAGCUGAAGCAAUUGAGGUCAAGGAAUUGUAA